CAGUACGAGACUUCAUGUCGCUCGAUUCAGAUCUGACUUAUCUCAUCGUUACAACGCGUGCGAGAAUAAGCUUCGUGGGCUGCUUGUUCUAUGCAGUUAUGUUUGGUGCAUGUAGAGACGAAAGUGUACAAUAGUUAGAAUGGACAAUUAACUUAAAUUGUGAUAGAUACAACUGCCGCAUGAAUACUUGCCUAAUUUACUUUCAAAGCGGAAUAAAUACGGACAGUUUGAGUGAACAUAAGGACGAAAUACAUCUGUGACCGGCUGAUGGAACUGGAAACACAUUACACACAAGUAAACAGUACAGAAAAUACACGGUGUAUUCGGGAUUAGUUGAGAAACAACUGUUCAAAUACGAACAAAAACAGCACAACUAGACACGAGCGGCGGCAAGAGGCCGUAAAAUUUAAUAACAAUUUCGUGUUUCCUCUUCCAGUCUUCUUUGCUUAUUUACCUCACCAUUUGUUGCUUACUCGGAAAUAGCAGAAAUAAAAGUGAAUUUUCGGCUGGCUUUUGCUAUGUUUUUCCUUCUGUCUGAUGGAAAUAACCAGCUUCUUUUGUGUUUUCCUUCAUCGAGAAAUUAUAAAAAUGAAUCUCUCAAGCAGUAGUGUUUUCUAGUGGCGCGAAGUUGGGGAAACCGUGACUGGAGGAGAAUUUGUAGCGAAGAAGAUCGAAAUAAUUGUAUUUUACCGCCGUGCCGUUUCUAUACAUUUUGUGGUGGUAUGUUUUGUCGGUGUUACGUAGUUUGAAACUGGUGUUUCAAUAGCUGUGCGGGAAUUCCAGAACCAAAACAGCGAGCGCUAAUACGGUGGUAAAUAUAUUCGCGUGAAAACGCGACAGAACUAUGGAUAGCUGGAUGCAAGAAGUGGUCUCUAUGAUGGCAGGCGAUGGUACGCCCGCUCGAAUCAAACAGGAACUGAUAGAAACCUCCUGCUGCAGCCCGGCGCCGUCCUCGGCAGGCAGUAUGUCUCAGAGCAAUCUCCUCUACAGUGGAUCAAGCACAAAGAUGGAAUACAAAUGUAGUAGCAAUAAUGACAUCGGUCAACUGACGGAAUUUAAUUCCGGAAACAACAAUUGCAGCAGUGCCGGUGGUGGAGGAGCGCCACAUUCGCCUGGUUCGCCAGACCGGCAGUUUUGCAGUUCGACUACCUCAGCCAUAGGUGAUUUCGGCAGUGAUAGUACAAAUCAGGACACGAUAAAGGAAGAAAUACCGCGUCGGUUGUGCCUAGUGUGUGGAGAUGUCGCCAGUGGAUUUCAUUACGGUGUAGCCAGCUGCGAAGCGUGUAAAGCAUUUUUCAAAAGGACCAUUCAGGGUAACAUCGAAUACACCUGUCCAGCCAGUAACGACUGUGAGAUCAACAAACGACGGCGGAAAGCGUGUCAGGCUUGCCGUUUCCGAAAGUGUCUUCUUAUGGGUAUGCUGAAGGAGGGAGUCCGGUUGGAUAGGGUACGCGGGGGUCGUCAGAAAUACCGGAGGAACCCAUGUGCAAACCCAUACCAACUACAGUUGACACAAUCGAAUCCUCAAUAUACCCCGCAAUCACUGGAGGAUAUUAAAAUUCUCGAAGUAUUAUCAUCAUUCGAGCCCGAUCCGCUGACCAUCGGUCACGGGUUUGAUCUUAUGAACAGCAGUGCUAAUGAUCAUGAUUCCGAUGCGAAGGGUGGUAAUGACUCGCGGAUGAGCAUGGGUGCGAAUGCGCAGGAGAUGUUGAGUGUGUUAAGUGAUAUAUACGACAAGGAGUUAGUUGGUGUAAUUGGUUGGGCCAAACAGAUUCCGGGUUUUACCGAUCUCCCCUUGAAUGAUCAGAUGCGAUUACUGCAGGUCAGUUGGGCGGAGCUACUAACGCUAAUGCUGGCGCAUCGAUCGAUACCGUUUUCGGGGCGAUUAUAUUUCGCCACUGAUUUCUGGUUAGACGAACGGUCUGCUAAGGAAUGCGGAGCGGCUGACCUGUAUAAUCAUCUCACCCAAAUUGCACAACGUUUGGAAAAGAUCUCAGCAACGAAGGAAGAAUACUAUCUGCUCAAAGCACUGUCUCUGUCGAAUUGUGAUAUUCGGCUGGAUAAUUACAGUGCUUUGAAGAAAAUUCGGGAUAACAUUCUAUACGCCUUAAAUGAUUGUGUACUGCUGAUAAGGCACAAUCAGGCGGUAUCACACCAGCAACAGUUGCUCUUACUUCUGCCCUCGCUCCGCCAGGCCGAUCAUAUAAUCCGAAAAUUUUGGACUAAUGUACACAUAGAGGGCAACGUUACGAUGAACAAGUUGUUCGUGGAGAUGCUGGAGUCCGUGACACGGUAAAUUCCGACUGUGGGAGCCGACUGCUUCGCGGAGAUCACUACAACACACAUACAUCUAUAACCAUACAUACCUGUCUAGAAGGUCAAGUUUAUUUUAAUAUUUUAUACGUCUUGUUUACCAUACAUUUGAGAUGCUCCUUACGAGACAUUUGGAAAAUAGUGAUCUUUCGGAUCGGAUAAGAAUAUUUAAGUGCUGUUCUUUGUCUUAGGUUUCCACUCUUCUAAAUUUAGGUGUUUCAGUAGUAUUUAUUUGACCUUACUGAUAAAGCAGUGAUACAUGAUUUCGAAUGCAAAUAUUACGCUAUACUUUCAUAAGAAUAUUUUUCACAUUUGAACAUUUGAGCAUAAAGAUGGUGGAUAACAUAAUAAAUAAGUUUAAAAUUCUCAAAUUUUGAUUUUAACUUCCGUUAUUCAAGAUUGUUUUCGUUUAAACGGUUUCUCCCACUUGGGUUGAGUUAUGCUUAAACAACCAGAUGUUUACUCCGGCGAUGGAGUACAGAUAUAUCAGGGACUAAUUGGAAUUGUUAGCUAAUACUAAGUUUCAAUUGAAAGUUAUUGUACUAUAGAACCAGUAAAAUAGAGAACCAGCAAAGGUAUAGUACCACAAUCUUUCAUCAGUUUUAUACUACUUUAAUUUAGUGUAUAGCGUACAGUCAUUUGAUGGAACAUGUUUUGUUUGUUAUGAAGUAGGAGCUACUUAUUAAUUGAAAAAUUGCAAUAUCACUGGAAUCGUGACUUUCGCUUUAAUAAUAUAGGAACUAAUAGGAAUCUCUAGGAUACAAAAAACAGACCGAUUUCCAAGAUUUUAAGCCUCAAUCAAAUUAAACAGUCUCGAUAGAGUUUAUUGAGCUAUGUUUCAAAUGAAAACAUUAUUGUAUGUAUCCAAAGUGAUAACAAGCUGAAAUUUGCAAAUUGAGAACAGUACAACAUUACGACACUAGGGAUUACAAACGGAACCGAGUCAUCUAAUAAAGUAAUGCAUAUUGUGUUUAGUUUUCGACAAAAAGCUUGAAUACAAGCGUUACUCAAAUCUAUUGAUAAAAAAGAGGUAGUAAACGAAGAGCUCUAAAAAACCUUAUCAAUUUGUUACUAACUUACUAUACCUUACUUACGAAUAAGAGUUGAAUAGUCGACACGCGCGUUGUGUAUUUACUAGGACAUAGCAGAGAGAGGGAGAGGAUACAAAGAAGUCGAUAUAGGGAUCGCAGCGGAACAAUUUAAUGAAGAGAUCAGACUAAUAUUAAUAUUAUCGAACAAAUACAUUUAGGCGUCGGGAUGGUCGGAAUUGUUAUUUUUGGCGGUUAGUAAACAAAUCGAAAUGGUUCAUGUUUUAGGAAAAACAAAUCACCAUGCGAGGAAACAUAAAGCAACAUCAACUGUGUUCCAGUAGAGAAGAAA